AUGUGUGUCACUCCCCUAUCAUGUCCUAGUAGCCAACUAGUUGUGGAGCAAGGAGCGUCGUACACACAUGUGCGUGUAGGGGUGGACCACCUUUUUAUCUUCUCUUAA